CAAUCAACUAACUAAUAUUUGUGUUAAUGAAAGUCAUUAAAUUACUAGUCGAGAUAGCAUAUGCAUUGCAGUGUGUGUUGAGUGCAUCACGCCAGUCGCGUUGUUUGUGGCGUGAUUAUAAAAUUUCUAAAUUAAUUUAAUAAAAUAAAAAUGGCUCCAAAUUCGGAGUGGGUGGAAGGUGCUCAACAAAGAGCUAUAGAUAAAAAUACUCACGUUAGUUUUCCCCAGUUAAAGUACCCAUCUUUACGAGAUGACGGACUAAGAGACCCGGUGCAGUGGCUCUCAGGGAAAGCAAUGGACGACGGCGCCGAAGGAUUAUGGCGUAUUCAUGACAAACUAUACGACCUGACGAGCUUUAUGAAGCGCCACCCUGGAGGUGAAGAAUGGCUGGAACUCACCCAAGGCACCGACAUAACUGAAGCUUUUGAAUCUCAUCACUUGAACCCAUCCACAGAGAAAAUUCUUACACAAUAUUAUAUAAGGGAUGCAAAGACUCCCCGUAAUUCGCCGUUCACGUUCAAAGAAGAUGGCUUUUAUAAAACGCUAAAGAGAGCGGCUUUUGAGGAGCUCAAGAAAAUCCCUAAGGAUGCAUCUAAGACUGCAGAUUAUAUAACAGAUGGCUUGUUUGUAUCUCUGCUCAUUAGUUCGGCGUGUGCCUGCUCCGUCACCAACUAUUUCGCUGUAAAGUUUUGGUACGCGUAUGCGUCGGUAAACUUGGCCUUUUUAACGGUAGCCUGCCACAAUUUUAUACACAGAAAAACUAAUUGGAGAAUGUAUUUGUUUAAUAUGAGCAUGUGGUCUUACAGAGAUUUCAGAGUAUCCCACGUACUCUCUCACCAUCUCUAUACAAACACCCUGAUGGAUUUGGAAAUCAGUUCUUUAGAACCAGUUCUGUUCUACAAUCCGAGGAAAGACAAACCACUGCACGCCAAGUUGGGAUUUAUAACAGAAAUAUUCUUCUUUCCUUUCGUAUUCUUGUUAAGUUUUAUCAAAAGGUUCCUCUCAAUAUUUCUUCGCCAAGGGUUCUUCAAGAGUCACUACCGUUGGCACGAUGCCAUUGGCUUACUCCUUCCAGUCUGGAUGUGCCUCGCUAGUGGCGCCCCCGUUCUUCACGUGGUAUCCACGUGGCUUUGGAUCAAUUGUACUGGCAGCUUGCUGUUUUAUUCUAUUGGAGUGAAUGCUGCUCAUCAUCAUCCGGAUGCUAUUAAAGACGGCGAUGAACCUGCGAGCGAAACACCAGACUGGGGCAUGCACCAAGUGGAAGCUCUCCUGGACCGCAAGGAUAUCAACGGGAACGCGUUCCUCGUCAUGACGUUAUUCGGAGACCACACCCUUCACCACAUGUUCCCCACACUAGACCAUAGCGUGCUCAAGUACCUACAUCCAACCUUCAUUGACCUCUGCAAAAAAUACGAAGCCAACUACAGGGUGUCCACACAAUUCAAAAUGGUUCUUGGACAGAUACAAGAAACAAUGCGUACGGAAUUCAAAACCAAGAAACAUUACAACAAUAAUUGA